AGCAACACUGCACAUCAUCUGUCUGGUUAAAGCUUCUGUUUCUUCUAAUACCUGAAUUUACUGUGCAAUGGGAGACUUCAUGAUUAGAGACUAUGACACCAUCACAUCUUUCCUUGGAUCGUGGGGACCUUUCCAGAGAAGGAUUUUUUUGGCCCUAGCCUUCAGCAUAAUCCCAAAUGGGCUUCUUGGUGUUUACAUAGUAUUUGUAGGUGAUACCCCACCUCAUGAGUGUACAAUCCCAGAAAACUAUAGCAUCAGUGAGAUGUGGAGGAAUGUGACGAUCCCAUUGGAAACUGUUGACGGCAUCACAAAGCGUAGCUCGUGCUCAAGGCUUAACCUGGAGCUUGUCAGGGAGUAUUCUCAAAGUAAUCUAAUCCCAGAUGUAGAUGUGAAUGUGAGUCAGAUUCCUUUGGAGCGUUGUCUGGACGGAUGGACGUACAGCAAAGAAAUCUACCAGUCCACCAUUGUCACAGAGUGGGACUUGGUCUGUGACGAUGCAUACAAAAUUCCACUGACCAGCUCCAUCCAUUAUGCUGGUGUGUUGGUGGGAGCAUUUAUCUCAGGCCAGAUGUCUGACAGGUUUGGAAGGAGGCCGGCACUUUUUCUCAUGAUGCUUCUUCAGACUGUGUCAGUCACAGCGCACAUCUUUUCCCCAAAUUGGGAGAUCUUCACCCUCAUUUUCUUCUUUGUUGGUGGUGGGGGAUUCUCCAACUAUACUAUUGCAUUUGUGUUAGGUACAGAAAUUUUAAGCCCAAAAGCCAGGGUGGUGUUCUGUUCCCUUGGAGUUUUCAUGUCCUCAGCUAUCGGGAACAUGGUAUUGCCUGGAAUUGCCUACUUCAUUCGAGACUGGAAAAUGUUACUGAUUCCCAUGGCUGCCUCCAGUUUGAUCUACGUCCCUUUGUGGUGGUUAGUCCCAGAGUCUCCUCGAUGGCUCUUUUCUCAGGGAAGGGUAUCGGAGGCAGAGGCCAUACUGAGAGAUGCUGCCAAGAUGAAUAAAGCUGAGGUUCCACAGGCUAUUUUUACAAAGGAUGAGAUUGAAGAUGUGUUGGCCACAAAAGACAAAAAAUACAGCAUUUUGGAUAUCAUGAGCAACCUCAACAUGUUUUUCCUUACAUUAAUUUGUUCUCUUCUGUGGGCCAUCAUUACCAUGAGCUACUUCGCGUUACUUCUAAACACUUCAAACCUACAUGGCAGCCCGUACAUGAACUGCUUCCUGUCUGCUGUGACAGAGGUCCCAGCUUAUAUAAUUGCCCUGGUACUGCUGAAGUUCUGCUCCAGACACAUCUGCCAGUCAUCGACACUCUUCCUUGGUGGUGUUAUGAUCCUCUGUGUUCACCUUAUUCCAAUAGAUUUACCAGCUGUGGGGGUGUUCCUUGAGAUGUUGGGGAAGUUUGGCAUCACAUCUGCAUUUUGUGUGGUGUAUGCCGUCUCAUCAGAACACUUCCCCACCGUUAUCAGAAACACAGCGAUGGGAUGUUGUUCAAUGGCGGCUCGUGUCGGGUCAAUCGUCUCCCCCUUUAUCAUUUACCUGGGUAAAUUCUAUAAGGCACUUCCCUACAUAGUGAUGGGAGGUUUUGCCAUUGCUGGUGCUGCCAUAUGUCUCCUACUGCCAGAGACAUUUGGAAAACCUUUGCCUCAGGACAUGUCACAAAUACAGCCGAUAUGCAGGAGACGAGGAAAAAAAGAAAAAGAAGAGUGUGGAAAGAGCAUAUCCAAUUAUCAAUACAAAGAAACCAAGUUAUAG